AUGGGAAUUGAAUUGAAGAGUCCAUAUCUCUACUUCUCUUUCACUGUUGUACUUGUUUUCCUCAGCACAAGCACAAGCACAAGCAUAGCAGAUUCUGGUGAGGACACCAAGAACACGAUGAUGAUCAGCUCCGAUCAGUGCAACGCCAGCAUAGGUGAAUGCUUCACAGAUGAAGAGGAGUUCAUGGAAUCAGAAGUGAGCAGAAGAAUUCUUGCUAACACAGGCAAAUACCUUUCAUAUAGGGCUGCAGGUUCGAGGAAUCCGGUGUGUGAUUCAACAAAAAGAUUUAACUGCGGGAAACGCAGGAAUGAGUAUAAUCGCUGUACCACCUACGACCGAUGCAGUCGCCGUGGUUGA